AUGAAGCCGGUCAACGUCCUCGUCUUCGCGCUUGCAGGCGUCCCCUGCGUACUCGGGGGGCUGGUGCAACGCGACGGGUUGAUACCCAUAGUCCGCUCCAAUAUUCCCUUAGUCAGGACGAGAGAUGGGAGAUACGGCGUUACGGUCAACAUGUCUUCGUCCAAUCCGCAAACCCUCACUUUUGCGCUGUCUACCGGCACCGGGCUUGUAUCUGUCCUGGGAUCCUCAUGUUCAAACUGCACGGGAUCGGCAACAUAUGAUCCUGCCUUGUCGAGCAGCGCUAGACUUUUAGAAGGCACUCAGGGGGUGUCGGUCCUUGGACAGUCAACGCAAGGAAACCUGGUUAGAGAAGACUGCACAUUACAGAAGGAAGAUGGGACGGCGUGGGCUUAUCCAAACCAAACUGUUGUCGUCGCUAACCAGUCGAGUCCCAUCUUUGGAGGCGCUUCUGGUCUACUUGGUCUCGGAACCAACGCUCUUUCGGGCAACUUUAAUGAAACAUUAUUUGCCGGGUGGCUGUCACGGAAUCCAGGCAGGACUAAUUUCUCAUAUGGGAUGCAAUUGCAGCCCUUGGGGGCAGAUGGAUCGACGGAGGGAGGCGUGUUGCAUUGGGUAGUGCCCGACGAUUCCGCGUUCCAAGGGACUAUGUCGGUCAAGGACAAGCUCUCAGUUGGACCAAGCGACAUGAACUUGGACUGGGUGGUGAACCUGGACUCCUUCUCUAUCUCGGCAGGGGACCUCAAGAUCUCGAAAACCAACGAAAGAGUCGCUAUUGAUCCAUUCUUCCCGGGCAUAUUCCUGCCUCAAAGCGUCUCGCGUCCUCUAUUUGCUGGGAUCCCUGGAUCUUCAUCACAGCCAUCAUCUUCGAGUCCUGCCACGACUGCGUACACUGUUCCGUGCGAUACGCAAGUGACACUCGACGUGCGUUUCGGAGAGUUCUCAGUCACACUAAGAGAAGACGUACUCGUAUUCAAAAAUGGAACGACGUGUACCAGUGCCUUCGAGGAAUGGAAUGACCAAGGCAUGUCCGAGUUUCUGUUCGGCGCUACGUUCAUUUCCGCAGUCUACUUGGUCUUCACGAUCUCUGGUUCCAAUGAUGGCAGCAUCGGAUUCGGCGCAAGGGCUGGGCAGGCGACUAAAAUACACCCAGCAGCCAUAGCUGGCAUCGUCAUCGGCUCUGUCGCCAUUGUGGCGAUCAUUGUGUUUACCGCCGUCCUUGUUCUUAGGUCCCGUAGGAGACGCCGCGAUGACAGCAAGCAGGAGAACAAGAUCGAGCCCUUCGGGAACGUCACGACGCAAGUCGACGAACAAAGAGGCCUACUGAUGCCCCAAACGCCCACGACCGCUGGUACACAAGGUGGAUUCAAUAUUACUCCCGUGUCUUCGCCGAAUCCGUCAGCGUAUACGACCCCCUUCCCCUCGGCGAAUACAAGACAGUCGUUCGUAACGCCGCUGAACGCCGCACCGGUCGCACCGUCUACCGCUAAUGAGAUCGAUCUCCUCGCCCCGCCACCCCCGUAUAGCGGGUCGUCGACAUCGUCGCAUACGACUGAAGUACAGACCAUCCAACUACAAUCUACUGUUGGCUCUUCCUCGAGGCCAACCUCAGCAAACUCAGCCAGCCAAGGGUAUGGGUUCCAGCAAGAAAAACGACGGCGGUUAUCAUGA